AUAAGGCUUGCAUCGAACGUGCGAACAAAGACUGGUAGACUUGAAAUCGCCACUGCAGGCACUGCGCGCGAAUGAAGUCUAGGCAUGCAAGGCUGUACUUGGCUAGCGCUUAGUAGUUUGCCUCUCUACCUCUAUAGAAGAGUCUUCUAUUAUAAUAUCUACAUCGACUCUAGCAAGGCGAUCGUUUCGAUCUUUUCUCAACUCUCGAUUACCAGACUCUUGAGACAUGAAACGAUCUCGGGCUCGACGAUGUUCCCGAGCCUAUCACCAUUGGACUGAGCUGGAAAUGGCUCUACUCGCUUUCUUCAAGAUAUUUGGUCGCAAAACAUUCAAAGACUGCGCUACUACCCUCCAAAACGCCCUUAAGUAUCAACAACGAAGGUCACUGGCAUCUCUGCGCAGCCGUCUUGACAUACUAAGAAAAAGACAUCCGGGACUGUGGGAGCAGGGGUGGGACCUCAAGAUGGGCCAAUCCGUGAUCAAGGAGUCGUUGUUGCAAUACCAUGAUCAGGUUCUCUUCUCAAAGUACGUCGACGAAUACAUACAACAGCUAUACCAGGAACAAAACGUAAAGAGGGCUAGAGAGCAAGAGAGCAGGGAUCCCCCCCAGAGCUCUACAGAAUCGAUAUUAAAUCUACAUGAUUUUGAUCUUGCACAAGAUACUGCCGGGUCGUGCGACUUUAUGUCAGGCGCCAAUGGAUCUCCUUACCUGAUAGAGUCAGAGCUACGAAGCCUGGACUAUCAACCAGCGCAGUUGAUCGAUCAUGAAUACACCAUUCAGAGCUGGGACUCGUUGCAGGACGUCUUAUGGAGACCAUAUGAGCCUCAUAGUAGUGACUGUGGUGGUGUCCCAAGUGUACCCACUGAGCAGGUAGCACGACUUGAGCUCCUCAUGGUUCCAGCACUUUAGUGCCCGAUACGAUGGCCACACAUCGCGUUUCGAGAACGAGUCGAGAUUAAGAGAUCAGAAUGCGGCCAUCCAGUUGUGAGUUGUCAAAACGGACUGACUACCUAGUCAUUCUCUCCGGGUGGGGUGCCGACGAACGUGUUAUAUGACCAGGUGUGAAAUUGAAUACCGGUCUGGACGAAUCUCAAGCAUGAAUUUCAUAGUUUAAUAGGCACAUCUCAUUUCGUUAGCCGAACACGCAGUCCGAAAUUUCACGUGUCUGAGUGUUAAGCAAAGCAAACGUUCCAGCUCCCCUGCAGACUUAUGCUCUUAUAAAGCGACGGCAUGCAUCCCAAUUCCAAGCCCAUGUUCUCCACCUCGCCAACCAUGUCC